AUGAUGAAUGACGAAAAGUAUGAGCUGAACUUUCCCAACUCCAACUACUUAUCCAAUCUCAAUAACUUGAAUGGCACCAACCAGAGCAUAAAUUUGAACCGUUUGCCCACCUUGGGCGAAAUUUUGGCCAAUAAAUCGAAAUCGCCCGUGGAUCUAUAUACAUUUUAUCAGUUUAUGAAGGAUGUCGAAGGCAAGGUUGAUUAUCUCGAUUUCUGGUUCGAUUUGGUCAACCAUUUGAACCUCUGUAAGCAUUAUGUGAAAGGGUUGAGAGACUCCAUUGUGCGACAGUCGGCCACUUUUCAAAAUUACAAUGCAGUUACUGGUCAACAACAACAGCAACAGCCACAACGCGUAUCAGACUAUUCAUCAGCACACUCACAAUUUAGAGCUGGAUCGCAAAGCCCGAUAUCGCCUUCUGGAUACAGACACUCAAAUUCAAGACCAAUCUCAGAAGCAUCGCAAAAGCACAAGUCUUUGAGCUCGUCGAUUUUACUAGAUUUAAUCAUCAAUGAUAACAUAUUGGAAGAAAAUGAUUCGCAUCGAUUAUCAGCCUUUUUGAGGGGUGAUAUAACCCUCGAAAAUCUUGAUCCCAAGCUUCGGGAAUUGAUUGAGCAAUACAAUGCAGAAACAUCCGACCAAGACCAUGCUGCGGGACGAGCCUCUCCAGGAGGACUCCACUACCACCCACCAAAAUCUCCCGCUUUACAAAGCCAUAAUCGAUCGUCAACCAGUCUCGGACAUUCCGAUCUUUACACGCAAGAAAAGAGACUAAGUUCUGGUUUACCCUUGUUUGAUCACCUGCAUGGAUCCGAGAGUCAUUCAAAUUCGGGCGAUUCAUUAUAUGAAAAUCAAUUGGAUAUAGGUAGAGCCGACCAAGCCGUGAAUGCGGCACGAUAUGUCUCCCUUCACGGCCAGCCAGGAACAAGUCAAAGCCAUGGUCAGCCGCAACGCGUUGAAACUCGCGAACCUCCCUAUGGCGAUGAAGGGAAUCUAGUUUACCCCAGCCAACCGAAAAACAAACGAGCUUCAGUGAUAAACCCAUCACUUUUGGAAAGAUUAAUCAAGAGCUCGCCCGCUAGUGGAGGUAAACAUUCGUCAUUUAUCACUCGCGAAAACUUGCGAGAAUCGUCCCAUAAUUUACUAUUGAAAUAUUUUGUCGAGGAUUCGGAAAAGAAUCUCAAUUUGCCGCAACAAUUAAACUCAUAUAUAAUUAAAUCCAUUGAAGUGGAUGGACGCGACGAUCCUGACAUUUUCAACUAUGUCAAGACGUUUGUGUUCAGCAAAUUGGAAAACGACCAUUUGCCCAAAUUUCUCGAUUUUAUGGCAACUAGAAACAUCAACCACUCCAACUUUGGUAGGAUCAUUGCUGGGUUCUUUUUCAUCUUUGGUGGAUUCUGGAUAAGCUUCAUCUUUGUCUUUUUAGAUUACCGCAAAGGAUUGCGUCCAGUCAUUAUUGCCCCAUUCUUUCUUGGGUUUUAUUUGGUUACAUCUUCCAUCUAUUUGGUGGACCCCAUCUUGGCGUGGUUGGGAUACCUGGAAACGUUUUCUAAAAGCAAUGGCAGAAGAUCAUCGGUUUUGAAGAUUGAAGAAAAAUUUAUCUAUAAAUUUAUCGUCAAGAGGAGUUUGUGGGUUUUGUUUUUAAUUUUAAUAUUCACUGCUAUUUUCACCAUUUUAUUCAGUCUUGUCCCUGGUCAUCGACUAUGA